AGUGAAUGACGAUAAUGAUCAUCAAUCUUCCGAUCCAAAUAAUUUCUUCCUGAGUCUAAAUAAUAGUACUACCAAUAAUUCUUCUCUUUUAAAUAAUAAUAAUAUUGUAGAUUGCCUGGAAGACCAUACCAAUAUUAUUUCGGAUCAAGAUUUUAGGAAAAUUGUAAAUUUCAGAAGGCUGUUUGAACACAUAAAGGAAGGAAUGGAGAGUUUUGAAAAUGUUUUGCAAUUGCAAAAGUUAUUAACGUUUUGUUCUGAUGCAAGGGAUUUAUUAAUUCAUAUUGAAAAUCCAUUCAUCAAAGCCUAUGGAGUGGAUGCUUAUAAUCAAGUGGAGGAGGAAUUUAAUUUAGUGAAUGAAAGAAUUCAAAAACUAUAUCAAUCAAAGAAACAAUUUAAAUAUGUAGAGUUACCUUCUCUGCCUGAAACUGAUUCACUUUCAAAGAUUGUAUCCAAUAUUCAAAAACAUUUAAUUGAACAGAAAAAUCAAGAAUCAUCACUUUUGGAUGAAUUUGGAGAAUUGAAUGAAGAUGAUGAUUUACAAGCCAAUGAACAGGAAGAGGUCGAUACUCAACAGAAAGAACAGGAAAAAACCAAGGAAGAACUUUCCAAAUUAACAUCCAUGUUGAAAGAAAAAGCUCAACAAGUGAAUGAAUUUAUCAAAUCAGAUGUAGAUUCCAUAAAGAGAAAGAGUGUAAUAUUGGAGAAGAGCAAAUCAUCACUGGAUAGAGCUCAAACUGAUUUGAAUCAACAAAUUUCACUUGCCAAGACCUAUCUCUAUUCACAAAUUACCUUCAUCGUGGUUGUUUUAAUUUCCUUUGUAUUUAUGCUACUUUUAAUAACUGUAAUCCCAAGAAUAAUAUAAAAUCAAUAAU